UUGCGAGUGAGAGAGAUCGUUCGGAAAGAGGUAUUUCGUCGAACACUUGGUGAGCAUAGAGCUCGAUGAAAGGAAGCAAGGCGAAUCUCUCUGCACUAGCGGAGAGAUGCAAAACUGUAAUCGUUUCCAACUGGCAAGGCUACCUAAAUACCAUCAAACCUGAAGAUAAAGCUAGUAUAAUACAUACUUCAAAGAUUAAGUACGUGAUGAGACGAGGAAAGCCCUAUCUCUGGGUACCAGAAAGCGAACCGCACAAUGUCAACAUAAUGUUUGAUGAACGUGGAUCCUUGACCAUUGCCCAUCCGUAUCCUGGUCCCCUCGCAGCUUUGUUCAAGUCUAUUGGAAAGCUUCCAGACCGGGUUGCUUUUACUGGAGAGAUUAUCCCUGUUAAAGAGAAAAGGGUUGAGGCAGUGAAUAAAUAUGUCGAGGAAGCUAUACAGUCAGAGGAGAGAGCGAUUAGUGAGAGUUCGAAUUCUGUUCGCAGUAUCUUGAAUUCAUGUGAUCAGAUGUAUGCCUCCCGGUGUGAGAUUCUUCGAGCUCUGGUCGCUGAUGCAAAAGAAAAAUACGUUAUUUAUAAGUUCGUUCCAAGCUCAUGUAUGUUUAUUGACCCAAAUGGUGCCACGAAAGAAAUAGACUUGAAGGUUUUGGAACUGUCAAAAGCAGAUCCAUUAGGCAUUUGGUCAACAAAAUUUGUCGAUGGAAUCAACAAGAACGAAUCAAGAAGACGGGCUUUGAUUCUUUUCUGUUUAUACUAUCUCGACGUAAACGCAAGGGAUGCUUAUAUGGUAUCAGUGGAUAAGAAAGGUUUCAAGUUGCUGGGGAAGGUACCGAGUGAAGAAGAGGCUGGAGAUGAGUAUCAAUGGAGAGAGUUUAGGUUUGAGUUCGAAGAAGAGGUGAAAGACGUUGAAGCUUUUUGCCACCAACUUGUAGAAAUGGAACAAGAGGUUGUGAGCAAGUUCACUGACCAUACCGGUCUGUGAUUUCAAUACUUAUUCUUAUGAAUCACGUGCCGGGCCGGUUUACAUUUUCGUUAAAUUGUUUAUGUAGGCUAGAACAAGAGUGAUUAAUGACAGUAAUAUGUGUAAGAUUAAUUCGCAACGGUCCGAUACGGUUGUGUUUCGAUUUAUUGAAGGUUUACUAACGCAUU